GCGUGCUAGCAAGGUAAUGCUCAAAAUCCUUCAAGCUACACUUCAAAAGUAUGUGAAAUUGGUACAUGGAUAUUGGCAAAUCUCAUUCUGUCUUUGACUUUCACAGCCAAAUUGAAUAUAAUCCUACUUUCCCUACUUUUUGGGCAUUCCACAACAAGCAAAUGGAAUCAAAACCAAAUCACAAAUAAAGGAGCAUGGGAUGAGUGUAAGUGUAGUGAGAUUUGUGCUGCUUCAUUGCUCCUCUUACUAACAGCCAACUAUUAUUAAAUGUUGUCUAUGUAUGAGAAUUGUGUAAACCUUUUAUGUGAAUUAACUCACCAAAUCCUCAUAACCACCCUGUGGGCUUGGUACUGUUAUUGUCUCCAUUUCACAGAUGAGAAUGAUACAGAGAUCAAACAACUUCUAGAGGGUCAUGCAGCUAAUGGGCUGUGGCAAAACUGGUGCUGAUUUGAGCAGAAGUUCUGUGACUCGGGAGCCAUGCUAUUAAACCACUAUGUGACUAUUUGAAAACUACUGAAAAUGAACUAACUGCUGCUGAUGCAGAAUCACAAAUUAUCUUUAAAUAUAAAGGAGAGAAUAUCAUCUGUGGAAUCCCUUCAAUAAAUCCUCUUUGUUUAGUCAGCCUGCCUGAUUUCCACAGGGAAGCAGAAAGAAUGGGCUAGAAUUGGAAUAUAUGAUUCUUGAGGAAAAACAGACACCAUCAGUAUGGCAGAAAAUGGUGGAAGACACAUUUAAUCAAGUCAAGCACCAAAAUGUUAACACUCCUUCCUGGAGAGAGAAAGGCUAAAAUUUCUUUUACUCAAAGAAGCUGUCCAUCUGCAGGCACUCGGCAGACCAGCAUUGCUUCCUUCCUCACCUUGCAGCCAGGAAAGACAAAUGGUGCUGACCAGAGGAGUGUUUUGUCUCAUUCAGAAAAUCAGACCAACAAAGAGUCUAAGGAAGACGCAACCCAGUUGGAACAUCUGACCCAGGGCUUGCCGGAUGACUUCAUGGCACCCCCUUUAGUCACUUCAACCCCUGCAGACACCCAGGAAGCUGGGCUUUCUCCUCAGUCUCUCAAGGCUUCUCACCGCCAUGGAACAGAGACCCCGUGCUUGACUGUGCUGUCUCUGUUCCGGCCUGACACCUCAACCUGUGCUGGAGAGAGUAAGGCCUCACUGGCCUGCGCCUUCGCCCAGGACCUGGAAAGUUCUUGCUUGCUGGACCAAAAGGAGGGAGAGGAUUCUUCCUGUGAAAGGGAAUGGCUUCAUGGAUCUAAGAAAAAUAAUUAUCAGAGUGUGGAGAGACACAGUAAAACUGGGCACAAGGGCCAUCAGCUCUUGGAUAAGAGUAACUUGGAAAAUGUGUCUGCCAAAAGAAACAGGCAGGCCCCUGUUCUUCAAACAUACAAGGAUUCCCGGAGCGGAGCAAACACAAAGGCAGUGAAACAAAGCCCUUGUCCUAUUUCUGAGUUUUCCUGGGACAGUGAAAGGAAUGACAAGGACUCCUGGAGUCACCUUUUCACACAGGAUUCUCAGGGUCAGCGGGUCAUUGCCCACAACUCUAGAGCUCCUUUCCGAGAUGUAACCAAUGACCAAAAUCAGGGUUAUGGGCAGGUCCCUAAUAGCCCUUGGGCUCAGUGCCAGGGCAGGACCACCCAGUUCAAUCUGCAGCCUGAUUCACUCUUUACCCAGGACUCUGAAGGUAAUCAAGUUAUCAGGCACCAAGCCUAAAUGUCUUUGUGAGGGUUUCGGGGCUUGUUUUAAUAAAAGUACCUAGAAAUGGCAUGUAAGAAAGCAUCUUCAGGGGGUGAGUAUGUUUGAGUAGGGGAAUGUAAGAUCUUUGUUUCAGAAGUCUUUCAGGAGAAUGAUCUUUGGUAGGAGGGAGGCGUGGGAUGAGGCUGUAGUUAUUGAGCAUUUUCUUUGUGUCAAUAAAGCAGGUGGUACCACUUGUUGA